GCUGCCCCCCUGCGUCACAUUACCCUAAACAAGGUGACCAUGGCAUCCUUCUGAUUAAGCUGAGACUUGUACCAGAAACCCGACUUCAAAACAAUGCUCAGCGCUACUAAAACUCAAGCCACCAACAUGUCAAGGAUCUCCAUCAUUCCAUCCCGUCAGUCCGCGCACAAGCUGGGACGCCAGAAGCGACAACAACGAGGCCGUAAGAAGAAACGAUAGCCAACGAGCCGAGCUGCAAGCAAGCACGUACAACCGCCACGACGGUCAACACGUCCAUAACAGCGGCGACCACGGCCGAGAGACAUCGUAGGAGGAAACACCCGAUUCCUCUCCUCGUCGUCGGAAUCCAUCCAGGGCAAGGGUGCAAAGAAAAAAAAAAAAAGUAACGAUUGUCGCUGGCCGUGUAAUCAGUCCUUGAUCAGUUUUUUUUUUUUUCCUUCAGUUAAAGAGUCUUCGCCGUCAUGCACGACGACGAGACCAUCGGCAUGCACGCCCCGUUCUGGGCAUUCUCGGGAGCGCACCGUCCCGUCGAGGAGAGCACAGUGAACGGCGGCAGCGGCCGCAAGACUAAUAGCGCCGGCGGCAGCAUUAAAAACAGCAGCGAGGCCGGCGCCGCCGGUGGUGGCGGGUCCGCCGCUGCCGCCGCGCCGGGCAAGAGCAGCAGCAUCAACAACAGCAGCGGCAGGGACGUUGUUGUCGGCGGACACGACGGAGAUAUUGCGGACAACGUCGACGGCUUCCUCGACGAGUUCAUGGUUCUCGCCGGUGGUAAUGACGACGGCAACGACUACGGCAUGAUGUCGGAGGAGGGUGGGGGAGGGGGCCCGGCCAUCUCGGAGGAAGACCUGGUGUUUCUGGCCGACAUGGACCUAGCCGACUUCCUGCCGCCGGCAAUAACGGCGGAGGAGGGCGACGCGCUGCUGUCUCCUUCCUCCGUCCACGAAAUGGAGACCCUGCCGAGUCAGGGCGGACGAGUGGCAUCUCCGGUGAUGACGGCUGCGGCGGAGGCGACUUUGGGCCCGGCGGCAGCGGCGGCGGGGGGAGGUGGCGUGAUCGCUUCGCCGGCGGCGGCGACAGCCGUGGCACCGGGGGUCGAGACGGAUGGAAGAGGGGCGGCACGGACGACGGGGAACUCUAACAAUCAGCAUGCUAAUGCUGCUGCUGUCACCGACUGCGGCGGUGGCGGCGGCGGCAGCGAUGCCGCCGCGGCCAUCAGCCCUAAGGAGCAGGUUCGGCGGCAGAAGGUCGCUCGGUACCUGGCCAAGAAGCAGCGGCGCUGCUGGUCCAAGCCCGCGGCCUCGUCGUACCAGAGCCGGCAGCGCGUCGCCAACUCGCGGCCGCGGCACAAGGGCCGCUUCCUGCCUCUUGAGUCCGAGUUCGUGCCCAUCGCGGAGCUGCAGCGGCGGCAGCGGGCGCUCAUGGUGCAGAUGCGAGAGAAGGCGGCGGCAUCGGCGGCAACAGCGGCGGCGACAGCGGCGGCAUCAGCAGCACCAGCAUCAGCAGCACCAGCAUCAGCAGCACCAGCAUCAGCAGCACUAGGGACCGCUGACGUGGGGGCAUUCGGGGCGGGCGUCCCCCUUUUCCGAGUUUAGUCACCCUAAACCAUUUAUUUUAUUACGAGACUUGCUCGGGGAUGCUGGGGCACUGCUCUGUCACUGUUGUAUUUUUAUUGAUUGUCAGCGCGUGAGGACAUGGUUUGAGGAUUAAUUUUGGAGUAUGGUUUUGAGCAUGAUUUUGGCGAGGCAGAGAUGCCACGACUGUAUGAAGAGGUCGUUCACGACUCGUGGCUCGAUUCACGUGUGGGGCACGAGUGCAGUUUUAGGAUGUGGCUCGUCAUAGUUUUGUGGCCUAGAGAGCAGUGUCGUGGCUGGAAUCCUUCAAAAUGGGAGCACGUAAAAAUAGCAGUGUCGGACGAUGCUGUUGGAUUUGUAUCGCAGCGUCGUAACUAUCGUUGCUGUCGUAAGUCGUGGUGCCAUUUGGUAGGGUAGAGGCCGAAAUUGACGCCGACGAAGGGAAGAAGGCGAAGGGAAUCCCGCAAUAUCCUGUUUUGGGUAUUUGAACGCAAGUAGUAGACGGACGAAGGCGGCAUGUACGCGGUCGAAUUUUUUGUUCUUUGUUGUGGUCGGCAUAUCAACUUUUUAGAACAUUAACUUGGUGCCGUAGUCGAGAUUUUUGAUGGUGGUCUGGUGUUACUUCGUUGCAUGGUUGACUUGUGUCGCCUGGCACGUUCGAAAACGUUCGGUGUCUGCUGCGUGCAUCCGCAACUAUGGUUAAUUUUUAUCGGCUUUCAAUCUGGAGUGUGGUCAACCAUCUGCGCGUGUGCUGGCAGAACGGGUGGAGGUUACGGGCUAUAUGCUACCGGGGUUAUUUUUUAUUCUUGUUUUGUCUUUCCGGCGGGUGUAGUAGCGAGAGAGUUCCGACGUUGUGGAAGAGAGUUGAGAAAGCGACCAAUUUCAUGCAAAUCAAAAAAAGAAACACACACGCUGUGAACGAU